AUGGUGUACAUCAAUGACAUGCCAAAAGACAGCGAAACUAACAUUGCACUAUUCACGGAUGACACAGUGUUCUACGCUUCCGGAGCAACGAACAACGCAGCGAUAAGAAGGGUACAAAAACAAAUCAACCUUGCCGUUCCUUGGUUCAAGGAAUGGAAAAUAACUUUAAAUCCCACGAAAACCAAGGUAAUAAUUUUUACCAACCAAUCUAUGUACCAAGCACCAUCUUUAAAUUUCGUAAACAUACACUUAAGCUGGUCCAAGACUUCAGCCCGCUUCCUCUAA